GGCAUUGUUCAGCCACCUACUGAGGAAUCCGAGAAGACGGAAUCGCAGGCGGAGUCCGCACGGCAGCCAGGCAUGUCGCAGAACGAACUGGCAGAGAUCAAACGGCGUCUGGCACUCAUCAAGAACGCCCAGAUGCGUGACAACUGAGCGCGGAGGACAGCCUGCGCUCAUCUCAAAUGCUCGCUUUUUCUGCCUCUCUCACAGAGGGGAGGGGGCAAGAUGCAUCUUAUCUUGUACAACACACCACUACAGUGCGCGAGAGAAUUUAAAUGCAAUUGCUAUUUUCUUCCUCUAUAUAUUUAUGUUGCCUCACUCUCUCUCCCUCUCUCUCGAAUUCUCAGUUUUCCAGCUUCGCGUUUUGCGUCAAUUUUUCUUUUUUUACGCAUGGGCGCGCGAUCGCGAACAUUUGUAA